AUGUCACUGCACUACCUCUUCAAGUCUCUGUGUACUGCCUGCCCUGCCUUUGAUCUUUACCACAACUGCAAGAACAAAGUGCGUGCUUUCCCGCUCAUUCCCAUCGUGGUGGAGCAGACGGGUCGCGGCGAGCGCGCCUAUGACAUCUACUCGCGGCUGCUGCGGGAGCGCAUCGUGUGCGUCAUGGGCCCGAUCGAUGACAGUGUUGCCAGCCUUGUGAUCGCGCAGCUGCUGUUCCUGCAAUCAGAGAGCAACAAGAAGCCCAUCCACAUGUACAUCAACAGCCCUGGUGGUGUGGUGACCGCGGGCUUGGCCAUCUAUGACACGAUGCAGUACAUCCUGAACCCCAUCUGCACGUGGUGCGUGGGCCAGGCCGCCAGCAUGGGCUCCCUGCUUCUCGCCGCUGGCAGCCCGGGCAUGCGCCACUCACUCCCCAACUCCCGUAUCAUGAUCCACCAGCCCUCUGGGGGCGCCCGGGGCCAAGCCACAGACAUUGCCAUCCAGGCAGAGGAGAUCAUGAAACUCAAGAAACAGCUCUACAACAUCUAUGCCAAACACACCAAACAGAGCCUGCAGGUGAUCGAGUCGGCCAUGGAGAGGGACCGCUACAUGAGCCCCAUGGAGGCCCAGGAGUUUGGCAUCUUGGACAAGGUUCUGGUCCACCCACCCCAGGACGGUGAGGACGAGCCUGAGUUGGUGCAGAAGGAACCUGUGGUGGCAGAAGUGGUGGCAGCAGAUCCUGUCCCAGCAAGCACUUGAGAGCCAGCCCUCCUCUCAAGAGGAACAUUGAGGGGGUGGGUCAGCCAGGCCCCUCGCUGCUGAGCCUGGAGGAGCCCCUUGAGGAACUCUGGAUUUGGGGGAUGCCCCUCUGGGCAGGGCAGCCUGGCUGAGACACUGUGAUUUUAAAUUAAAUCUUUGCGGUCUUUGCUCUGUG